AUGGCUGAAAUUCAGUGCGUUGUUUUCACGACCUUGCUGCUUUUGAGUGCGCUCGCCUGCGUUUCUGGUAAAAUAGGAAAAUGUGAGAAGAUCAAAAUACCAUUGUGCCAAGGCAUUGGCUACAACUUCACUUCCAUGCCAAACAUGUUCAACCACGACACGCAGGAAGAGGCAGCGCUUGAAGUUCAUCAAUUUUGGCCGUUUGUAGAGAUCAAGUGUUCGGCGGACCUGAAGCUCUUCCUCUGUUCCAUGUUUGCUCCAAACUGCCAGGCAAACGUCAAAAAAAGAGUUCCACCAUGUCGUUCGAUUUGUGAAAGGGUAAGAGAUGGUUGUGCACGUUUAAUGCGUCAGUAUGGCUUUUCUUGGCCCAAACGCAUGAGAUGCAAAACGUUUCCUGAACACGGUGGCGAUGAACCGUGCAUGGAAGGAAAUGGAAUUGUAGCGAACGGAACGUCAAAGACAACUCAUCCUUUAGAGCCUGUUCCUCUAAAGAAAACAACCCCAUUUAAGAAAUGUGAGAAGAUCAAAGUACCUUUGUGUCAGGGCAUCGGCUACAACUUCACCUACAUGCCAAACAUGUUCAACCACGACACACAGGAAGAGGCGGCGCUUGAAGUUCAUCAAUUCUGGCCGCUAGUCGAGAUCAAGUGUUCGGCAGACCUGAAGCUCUUUCUGUGCUCCAUUUAUACUCCUAUAUGUCAGCCGAACUAUAGGAAAGAAAUUCCCCCAUGUCGAUCGCUUUGCCAGAAAGCAAGGGAAGGUUGUGCCCCUCUUAUGCGCCAGUACGGCUUUUCGUGGCCCAAGCGAAUGAGAUGCGAAAAUUUUCCGAAACUCGGCCAAAAGAUAUGCAUAGGACCAAACAGAAAUUCAGCUAAAGGAUCCGUAACGACACCUUUACCUUCAGUCGCUGUAAAGAAAUGUAGAAGGAUAAAAAUACCUUUCUGCCAAGGUAUUGGCUACAACCGUACCUCACUACCAAAGAUCAAGGAGGAAGAUGCCGUCUAUUUCCAACAGCUCAGGCCACUAUUUGGAUGCAAGUGUUCUCCAAAUCUGAAGCUCUUUCUUUGCUCUAUGUACGCUCCUGAAUGCCGACCGAAUGUCACAGACCCACUUCCUCCUUGUCGCUCGACUUGCAAACAAGCGAAGAGAGGUUGUGCUCCUUUCAUGCGCUUGCAUCACGUUCGUUGGCCCAAGAGAAUGAGAUGCAAAAAUUUUCCAAAAGCUGGAGGCAAGAAGUCGUGCAUAGACCCGAACGGGAUUGUACAUAAGGGUGCAUAAACAAUACCUCCGCGACAACAUCUGCAGCCACUACCAAACACAGCGGAGAACCAAAAAGACUGACUUUUAAACCGCAACAUUUGGGUGCCAUUUUCUAAUAUUGGCCGUCAUUUAUAUCAUCAGUCAUACCUCGUCAUAUUUUGCGUUCGAUUUGUUAUUUGAAAAAACAGGCCAUACAGUAAUGAUGACGUGGAUUACCGAAAGCUGGCGAUUUUGAAUCUUAAAUUUCAUAAGCAGUUUUAAGCCUUAUUUGAACUUUAAAAUUGAUCGUUCAAGUUCACUUCAACUCUUCUUCUAUUUCCGAGAAAGAUGUGCGCUCUUUUAGUCUAGCGAAGAAAAGAAAAUAAAUAUUAAUUUGUUAUUGAGGUCAAAGUAAAAGUUAUAUGAAAUAUAAUUUUCAAUUGUGAUGGGCAGGUAGUCUUGUAAAGAUCCUUUCCAAGUCAAGUUUUAAUUACUCUAUAAAAAACAAAAAUAUCAGUAAUCUUUGAAAUAAAAGUUAUAUUCAUUGUUUUUCUUGGUCGACCAGUGCACAAAAAUCUAAGUUGUGUAAAAUAAGUAAAUAAAUUCUUCUCUUGCUGUAUCACACCCUUCCUCUCGCAUUUUUUGAAUUCUUAAUAGAAGUGUUUUUUAUUGCCAUAGCAGUUGAUAACAGGUGCUUUUGUUGAUUCACAACAAUCACUCUUUUCUAGGGCGGUUUAGCACUAAUCUUCAUGUGUUCGUAAACCCUUCGGUAGACAUUAUAUCCUUGACCCAAUGCAGUGGCCCAUUUGAACAUAUCGUGCACAAGGUAUGACUUGAGCCAAGGUGCCAACUGAAAGUCGUUGUUUGAUACCUCGUGUUGAUUAAUUCAGCUCUGCUAAGUCUUCUCACAAUCAAAGAAUAUUCAUUGUUCUCUUGAAAAUAGCGUCAUAAUGUCAACGAAACGUCAACUUUUUGGUAAACUUUCUUCUUUUGUAUCUCCAAAUUUAAGUUUGUAUUCUGGCAUUUGCGCCGUUCCCCUGUUAAAUAAGGCUAUUGUGUUUGCGCUUGAGUUGACCCUUAAAUUCCAAUGAUCUAAUACUCCCUGGCUGCUACGCAUUUCCUUGCAGAAUAGUCACGAGAAUCUUGUGUUAAAUCAAGAUAACAAUUUCUACCCGAUAAGUUUGAGUAUUCUCAUUACCUGUUUGUUAAAUAAUGUAGGAGUGUUAUAGUGAGAAGUUACAUGUUAAUCCGGCAUUACUGGGAGUUAAAGUGUGAAGCUGAAUGAGUGAAGCAAAAUGGCCUGGUUAUUAACUUGAUCCACACGUUAAGAAGUAUUUUUCACAUCUUCUUAGCUGCUUCUAAUUAAAUUCGUGUAAUGAUACAGGACUCUUCCAAACACACCUUCCGUGAACUGGGUACAUCUUGUGCAAAUGCUUGUCUUAGUAAACAAAUGAACGCCUGAGUUGAAUUUAAUUCCCCUAAUUUCUAUUUUCAUCACUAUUAAUAUUAUUAUCGAACACUGUCUCUGAUUUCAAUGUAAUUUACUUUUCUUUCUUUUUACUUUGGCUUUGGAGACUGGGAAGAAAAUAUUUUUGUAGUAAUAUAUCCGUUUGGAAUAAAACCAAUAAAAAUAAGAGCUCGUGUUUAUUCCAAACAUUGACAGAGGAGAGUUAUCAGGAGGUUAAAAAAAAGAACAAAAGUUAUGUUCAUUCAGAAAUAGUGUUUGAUCUGCGUCACCCUGAAGGACUGGACAUUAUUUCAACUAAAGUUAGCGAGCCUCUUCUCUUGCCUUUAUAUGAUAUUUAAAACACAAUCUUUUAGAUCCAGAGUUGGGUGACAAAGUUCAAACCGCAUCAUUUUUGCAGUGCCUUGCCUCUCAUAAAAUAACUAAAGGAGUUCUCUUAUUUUCUCCGUUGAAAGUUUAAUCUAAAAACAGCGGAGUGAAAUUAUUGAAAUAACCUCUUCUUCGUUGUCGUAAUUAAGAAUUUACGAAAAAGAAAUAGUCCCUCCUCUGCAGUUGUUUUUUAUUUGUUUGUUAGGCUUAUUGUUUUGUUGUUGUUGUGGUUGUUUGAGGAAUGAUAUGGUUAAUUCCAUUUCUUCGAUGUUAACCUGACUAAGAAAGCUAGGAACCAUCUGGUUAAAGGUUGAGGACUGAAUCAGAACACAAACGUUACAAAUUAAUUAUUCUGUCUUGCGUGUGAUUUACAAGCAUUACCACAUGCACUUGGCACCUGCAUUUGCGUGUUUUAGAAUGUAAUUUGAGGCCUUUUUAACGCGCAAAGCUCAAUUUGCUGAGAUGAGACUGACAAGAUUUACUUGCCAGGUGCACAUCUGCUAACGGAUAUUCUACAGUGAUGUCAUUCCAUGUGGCGGCUUGUAGGGCACACGACACGCAUUUUUUUCAUUGUUUUUCUCAAAUUGAUAUUUUUAAAGUUCUGUUUUAACCUUCAAACCGGGCUGGAUCUCUUUCAAAUCUUUUCUUCCUUCUAAGAAGAGCUCUUUUAUCAUCAAAGUUGUCGCGAAGACUAGGAACUAAUAAAAUUCGUUUGGCUGUCAUUUCGUCAUUUCGUCUGGAGUUGGCUAUUUUGCGAUAAGUCCAGCGACUCCACAAUUAUGUGGGUUCUAGAGCGUGUCACAACUUACAAUAAUAUAAAAUCACACUAUAAAAUCCUUUGAUGUACCAGCAGCUCAGAGGCUGAAGAGACGUUUUCCAUGGAUGGUAACGUUUAUUUAGAACUGACUUCAGCUAGUAAUUUUAUAAGUCCGCGAGAGGUCAACAUUGGAAUCCACAUAACUUGCCUUAAUCUGCUGUUCAGUUCACUAUUUGUGUGUUUUGAUAAUCCAUUAUAUCGGCCAUUAUAUGACGGCUUACUAUUAAUUUCUUUCUGUUAAAGUUAGAAGAAAAAUUUAACGGUUAACCUUUUUAAACAGUAACGGAUACAAUUCGACAAUUUUUACACCUAAUUUGCUAAAUUAUUUUGCCGUCUUAAGGCAAAAUAACUGUUAGUCCCAUUUUUUUCAAAUUUAAAACAGCUUUCGUUCGCGCGCGCCGAUCUUCGCGUGCGCUUAAAAUAAUGCAGAAGUUCGGGACACGAAUUUAUCCUGAGUUCAAUAAAAUCUCGAAUUCGUGUUAGGAACGACUAUACAACGGGCAAAAAAUGUUCUACGUCUAAAUCAACAUGUCUCUUUCGUCAAAUUGACAUGGUCGACACUCGAAUAAGUUUCGCUCAUGAAAAGAUUAACGUUUCACUCGGGUCUCAUUUUCUUACUGUUGCUAAUAAUCUGUUCUGGUACUGUUUGUUUAUUAUGCAGUUUUCCAGCCUAUCCAUAACCUUGUUUGACUUCCUUAUCUCGAAGCGUCAUUUUUAAAAUUUCCAUUUCAAAGAUAUGUCAUUUCAUUGCUCUUUCACCUGCUGGUCAAAGAGGCUUUCUCAUUUAUUAAUUUUGGCCAUUUUACAGCUAACAAUUGAUUUCUUUGCGUUAAAGUUAGCAGAAGAAAAUUUCUCGGUUAACUAUUUUCACUGCGAACGGAUACAAUUUAACAAUUUUUUUAGCCUAACGGCUUAAUUGUUUUUCUGUUUUACGGCUAAUGGUUAACCCCGUUGAGAUCCUCUAGUGAUGAGAUUAAAAAACUUUCCUGUGGCGAAAAGGUUACGACAUUAGAAAAAGAAAGAAGCAGAAAGAUAUCACGCUCGUUAACUUGAAUAUAACCCUUAAGUUAAUGCCAAUAAUUACAAAAUAACUAGCGAAGCAGAAUAAGUUUGGUAGAGUUUUAAAUAUCCCCAUCCAGAGCUAUCAUAGAGCUUAGAUUUACAGGCCUGAGUGCAGCCGUCUCCUCCACCGACACAUCGGGUAGCGGGAGCAGAGCACAGGCCUAACCUCUCUUAAUCAAAACCUCAAACCAAAUAACUUGAAAUAAGCUAUCAACAGCCUGAAUUUGAACCCUUAAAAGACUGUUAAAUUGUACCAUCAACUGUAAUGUUCUAUUUACUGAUAGUUUUUUUUUCUUCCAUAAAUGACCUUACAGUUCGAUUUAUCACUGGCAUAGUAGGAGUGAUCAAUAGUAACAUAUAUGCAAGAACAAUGAUCAGAAAUUUAUGCAGUUUUGUGAAAAAAGUGUAUAGAUAGUCAUGACCAACAAAUGAGAUAGCUACUUCUUGGGUAUCUAGUGUUUCUAAAUCAACUGAUAGUUACCGGCCAGACAAAAUCUGCAGCUAGAUUCGGUUACCGAUAUUUCUACUUACUGCAAGUUACAUGUAAUGUUGUUACAGCAUGUGUAUGCAGUACAACAACUUGAGGGUUAUCUCAAAGAGGGUGUAUGAAUCCAUUCAUAUCAUACAGGAAACAGAAAAAAAGUUUAUAUUCACGACAGCUGUUCUGCUUCUUCGCAUAAUGAUGAAAUUAACAAAUAGAUUCCAUGUUGCUAUGCGUAUGCGCAGUAAUAAAUGACAAACGAUGUCAAAAUGUGAUUAGACCAAUUAUUAUUUAUUAUUAAAGAAGGAAAAUCUUGUUGAUGGUGACGUGAUCUAUGCGUCCGUCCUCCUAGAGAUCAUAAGAAAGAACCAAUCAAAAUUGUUCGGCGGACCUGAAGCUCUUCCUUUGUUUUCAUGUAUGCCCCUACCUGCCAGCCAAACGUCUAAAAAGAAGUUCCACCACGUUGGUCGAUUUUUGAACGGGCAAGAGAUGGUUGUGCGCCUCUUAUGCGUCAGCAUGGCUUUUCGUGGCCCAAACGCAUGAGAUGCAAAUCGUUUCCUGAACUCGUCGGUGAUAAGCCGUGCAUGGAAGGAAACGGAAUUGUAGCGAAUGGAACCUCAAUGACACCUCAUUCCUCAGUGCCUGUUCAUCCAACGGAAAUAACCCCAGUUAAGAAAUGUGAGAGGAUGACGGGUGGCUGUUCUUUCAACGAAUAAAACCGCAGAAAAGAAAUGUGAAAGGAUGAAAAUGCCUUUGUGUGAAGAUGUUGGCUACAACUUCACUUACAUGUCAAACAUGACGUAA